AUGGAUCGAGGCCGUGGUGUUGACCGAAGGUUAGUCUGCUCUCCAUUUUCUUCGUUGCUUGUUUGUUCCCUUUUCCCCGCAUCUCUUUACGUCUAGUUCCUAUCGAUCUUCUCUAUUGCGCUUGUUUGCGCCCUCAUUGAGUGGCAUUGGCAUUGGCAUUGUGUAUGGAAGGGGCGGGGUGGAGUGCAGUGGGAUGGAUUACUAUGGGAGAGGAAGACAGUGAAGGGACCAAAGAAAUGGAUGGCGAACAGCAAACCGAAAUCUAGCAGUCGCAUCUGUAUCUAUGAUUCAGAUGAUACGAACUCCAGUCGGCAGAUUUCGCAACCUCGACGAAAGCCGCAUACACUAACGCGCCUAACCGAUUACCGCGAAAGACAAGCCAGCGAACAUAGUCUCGCAAAAGGGAAGCAACGAGAAGAGGAGUUCACCAACCGAAAGAAGCACCUCGCUGCUAUUCAUAUUCUCUACGCGCCCUUCUGUGCAUCCAUGGUGGACAGUGUUAGUGGAAAGAUCGUAAAGUCAAGUUGUGGUUUGAAUGAACUUGCAUCAAGGAAUAUGAAUGACCUCGAUAUUCUGCGGCCGCAUUCUUGGAUGGGGCAACGGACGCACACGAGCUGUCAGCAAAUUGGGAGUAUAAGUCAUUCAAUUCUCAUGAUUCAAAUCUGUCAAUCUCAUGCUAGUUGA